AGAGUGUGGAAGAGUUAGAGCCACGGGUUUCGUGUGGAUGAAACAAAGCACUCCUUACGAACAUUUCUUCGAAGCCACCAAGACUCGCGUUUCUUACGCUGUUGAGGUCACCGCAUAUGUCGACAAGGGUUGUAUGAAGAAGAUGACAGGGGUGAAGAGUAAGCAGAUGUUAAUGUGGGUACCGAUUGUGGAGAUGACUUUGAAGGAGCCAAAGAGCGAGAAGAUCUACUUCAAAACUCCGAUGGGACUCGGCAAGGCUUAUCAUGUUACCUUAUACAUGGAUGAGGAAGAGAAACGCAACUUUUACUUGGAGAAUCCCAAAAAAUAAAACAUUUUAUUAUGAUAAAUAAAUUAUAUUUCCGGUUGCUUUUGAUAUGUUUCUGUUUUCACUCUUAUCAGGUUGCUUUCUAUGCCAUUACUAAAAAAAUUAUGUUGACAAUUAUGAAAAGAAGUAAAAUUCGUUUUGUGAUGCAAUGGUUAUAAUUUGUAAUUGAAAUCGAUAAAGAAAAAUAAUUUCAGUUUC